CACAAAGCAACCUUUAAACGCGCAUGAGUCAAAAAGCCUAACCAUUUGUCGCACUCUCUUCUUUUCCUACAUUCUAAUAUAUUCCAUAACAGGUACUCGCAAAAAUGGAUCAAAUUCAUGAGCCGCUUUUGAAACAGUGUAUUGCUUCGCUUACUUUAAAUAAUAACCUGCUCAAGCCGAACUCUUGUGAUAACUUUUGCUUGUUAAAAAAUGAUCCAAGCACUAACCAACAAGCAGCCAAAACUGUAUCCCUGGUACUGACACGACUAACCAAUGCAGUUGGCACAUACGUACAUGUUCUUCGUUGCAAUGUUUGCGAUUAUCUAACUCUGAAUCCCACCUCACUGAAAGAACAUUUUCGUAUACGGCAUCCAACUUCUGUGGGUUUUCUUACUUAUACAUGUUCGCAGUGUUCAAGUAUGUCAACCGAACGGUCUCUAAUGGAGGAGCACUUGAGAAUAUACCACAGAAUAACGGAAAAUCCAACUGCAAAACUUAUUGAAAGAUUUCAUACCCCAGCAACAUCUGAUUCACUCGGUGUUAACUGUAUCUCGCCCUCCACUGUAUCUGGAAGCACGCUUCCUCUCAGUCUGACAGGUUCAAAUGCAACUACUGCCCAAAAUAGUCUUGCAUUAAAUCUCGUUAAUGCGAUCACAGCCUUACAGAAUGCCAACAAGGCUCAGUCGCAACAGACAAUAGUAAGUACUGCCUCCUCAUCAUGUACCACAUGCACAGUUUCUACUGUUUCCUCAACAAAGAACUCAACUAUCAUUCCAGCAGCUGCUAACCCAGAAAAUUCAGAACAGGAUACUAAUAUGGAUUUGCAGGUAUUCCAAGAUGGAUCUAUCACAACCGAAUCUCAGACAUCUACUUCAGGAAGCCCAGCAUUUACCAUCAGUGGAUCUCGUCGUAGAAAGGCAACUACUCCUGGGCGUAUCUGUCUGUCAGCGUCAAAGUCUACAAAUAGCUGUUCAACAUCGGAAGAGACUGAUGCGAGUGCAUUCAAAAUAAAUCAAUCAUUAACCAGCUCUAUAAAAAACGAAACAAUGAGUUCUAUUUCUUCGCCUGGAGAAAAACGUGUAUUUUUAUCUGGUGUAGAUGAAAUUGAUGGACAGAUUAAAGAUGAUGGUGUUGAUUCACCAAAGUCUAAAAGAAUAUGUAAAGAUGCGGAAAAUUCAGUGACUGAUACAAAUGCAACAAAAUAUGUAUCUUUCUCAAACAUUACACCAUUUUGCUUACCUAUUGGAAAUUCCUUGGCCGACAACAAGCAGGUACCUCUAGUGACAUUUAGUUCUCCUAAUAUGAAUGGUCUAAAUUCAUUAUCAGUUCCAAGUCCUUUCUUUGGACAACUGAUUCCUUUGUCUAGUUUACCUGAAAAUAUUCUUUGUGGUUUAUCCACAACAAUAGUGAAUAAUCCGCAAACACCAACAGUAAAUAAUUCUGGCGAUAAUUUGACAGUUACAAGUACAGGGCAUCAUAAUGAACUACAGACAACACAAAAUCAUCCAUCCGCUUGGGUAUUGACCAACCCAUCUGGUAACUUAUCAUGUAAUUUAACUCAGCAAGCGGAGUUAACCGCACUACAACCCACUUUAUUUGUGCCUGUACCAACCCUUGGAGAUUCAUCCGUGACACCAUCUCUAAAAGUUCCACAGUCAAUGGAUGCGUCAGCAGCUAAUACUUUGACGAAUUGUGCUGGAAUUUUACGUUAUCCCGAUAUAAUCGAGGCUUUAAAGUGUGUGGCUGCCAACGGAAAUCUUAUCUCAUCCAUUAAUGUACCAGCUUCCUCAUAUUCCACAAAUAUUCAUACACAAGUAAACAAUUCAUCAAGUUAUAGUGAUAGCACUGAACGCUUACAGACGGUUUCACAGUUAAACUCACCUAACCUAUCUAGUUCAAACAAUCUUGCAGCUUUGGUAGCUCAUCUGACUGCAUCAAGUAAUUCACGAACAGUUCCACAAUCAAUUGCAACAAAUAUCCCAACUACAACCUGUGGUGUUACGUCUGUUGGUAAUAAUACUGUUGAUAUUUCAUCUUUUAGUGCAGUGUCUACUUCUGAAAGUUCAAAUAUUUCGAAUUUUAAUACAUUGGUUUCUGCUGCACCAAUACACACCAAGGUUGAUCAAACAGAUUCCGAAGGAACUUCAGUAGUUCAUGGUUUAACAGCUGUGAGUAAUAUCGGAGCCAAUGAAGAUUUUCCUUCCAACGAUCAAGCUUUGGAUAUGUCUGUACGAUCUGUCAACAUACAAUCAGAGCAUUCGCAAUCAUUUACACCAGCAUCGAAUAUAGCAAAAUCCGAUGCAGACAAUCAUAACUUAUUUACAGGUAUAAAUAUAAAUGAUUCACUAUGUAAGGAAACAAGUACACUUGAUCAACCUACAUUUAAUGUUGUCAAUAAUGUUGCUGAAGUAAUAAAUGCAGCAAUUAAAGGUGGUUUAAAGCAACGCCUAAUUCAGUCUAUCGAAGUUCCAGUAUCAAGUUUGUUCCCGAAUCCAGCUCAGUGCUUAACUGCUCUAGCCAAUACAAUAUCCAGCUUACCAACAAUGAACGAGAUAGUUGGUAGUUCAGAUAAUUUUUCUGAUAAACGAAAUCAAUAUAUGAAUUGUCAAAAUGAACCUUAUAACAAUAUCACUAACAUUAAGAAGGAGUUCAUAAAUUCUACGGUAUCAACUAGUCUUCAAAAUAUUGAACCGAUAACUUUGACCUGUGGUGAUAAUAAACUAAUUGAUUCUGUCAACAAAUCUACUCAUAAUAGUAUUUCUGCCAAUACACCUAUAAAUUUGCCUUCCACAUCUUCUCAUAUUGUAAGUUUAGCUCAAUUGCAGGCUAUUAUGGCUGCGCUAGCUAAUGCAUCAUCUGUCUCGAUAUCACUGCCAGUCAAUUCAACCGCAUCAACAUCUUCUUUGUCACAAGCACCUACAGGUUCAACUACUGUGUCAUCAUUAAACGCUUCGAAUCCGUCAAUUCAACAACUUAUGAGCCCUUCAACUCCUUCAAUACCAUCAUCUGGAACUAGUGUGUUAAUAAAUACUCCUAUUUCCGGCUCAAACUUAAAUGUGACAGGUUCAGUGACUACUUCUGAUGCUGGGAAUACUUCAUUGAUUCCUGGUUUAAAUAAUUUAACUAGUGUAUGCGGUUUUACUUUAACCGGACCGUCAGGUUUUGUAAACAACAACAUUACAACGUAUAAUCCAUCAAUGCCAGCAAAUUUCGGAACAGUUAAUUCAAAUGUCAAAGGGAUUACUGUACCUUCGGGUGAAUGUAUUUCUUUAACAGGUAUUCUUUCUGGUAAUCUAGCAAACUUAAAUAAUAAUAAUAAUACUAACAAUAAUAAUAAUAAUAAUAACAAUUCUGCACAACAACUCGGUCAUACUGUUGUUGGGAAUCCAGCAUUGAUUAAUUUUAUAUCAGCAAAUAAAUCGCCAGUACAGUCGAGUGUUACAUUAAGUUCAACAAAUGCAACACGUUUAUUAACCAACCUAGUAACAUCUACAACUGGAACUAAUUUAUUACCUUUACAAAACAAUGGAACCAUUGGUAACAACACAAAUAUGUGCGGAAGCACUUUACUUGGGACAACUAGUAUACCUAGUGGAACAAUUAGUCUAUUAGAUCCACAACAGGCGUUAUUUGCAGCAGCAGCCGCAGCUGCUGCUCAAAAUAUUCAAAGACCAGGAGGAGUAAAUAACGCGAUAAAUCAAAUUACUUUAGCUAAUCUUAAAUUAUCUAAUACUAAUGGAAGACAUAUGGGAACAACUACUCCAGUAAUCAGUCUUUUAGAUCCACGAACUGGUCUUCAACUUCGUGUUGCUGAUACAUCAACAACAGCUUCUGCUAUUCUUACAUCUUCUAAUUUGACUGAUUGUCUCACCAAUAAUGAUUAUUCACAUGUAUCAGAUAGUGGACAAAUUGAAACACAAGUUAAUGAAUCAAAUCGAGUUAUAACUAAUGAAACAGAUUUAAAUCAAACAAACGAACCUGAAACAGAUUCAAAUUAUGAAGAUCAAAUAGAUGAAGAAUGGGAGCCUGAACAAGAUGAAGCAUGUUCAGUUCAAAGUAAUGCACAACAAUUAUCUUCUAAAAGAAACAGAAUUUGUGAUAAAACAAGUGGCGGUUCAGAAUCACCGAAUAAAAUUGAUCAGUCAACUGAUCUUGUCCAUACAAGUGAUAUUCAAUCGAAUUUAUUACUUGGUUCAAGUAAUAAACGUUCUUUAAGUUCAACAAGAAUGAGUGGUGCAAAUUCAUCUACUAGUCGACGUGGUCUAUCAUCAUCGUUUAGUGAUUCAAAUAAUCAGCAACAACUUCGUCCACAUCGUCAAAAUUUUACACCGACACAAAAUCGUAUAUUAACUGAAUGGUAUCAGUUGCAUCAAGCGAAACCAUAUCCAUCCACUGACGACACCAAAGAAUUGGCAAAUAUAUCUGGUCUAAGUUAUUCUCAGGUAAAGAAAUGGUUUGCCAAUAAACGUGCACGUUCUACAUCCAGUGGGCUACCAAAACCUACACCACCACUUGCACCGGAUUCUACGACAGAUCCUUCGGCUACAGCUGCUAUUGUUGCUGCCGCAGUGGCUGCUGCAACUUCAGCUGUUGCAGAUGUUAAUAACAUGACAACAUCAACAUCUACAAAUCCAAUGAAUGUUUCUUCUACUUCUUCCAACUGUUCUGCUAUUAUAUCUAACAUGAAUAGUACGGAUACAUCAUUGUCUAUUCAACCAUUUCUAUUGAAACCAAAAUCUGCACCAUUUACAACACAAUCAUUCACCGAUUUAAAUUUUCUCAAAACAGAAAAUGAUCAACAAACAGAAUUUGUAUCCAAUCUUAUUUCAUCUCAUUUACAAAUAAAUGAAGAAAAUAUUCAAUCAGAAUUGUUACUACAACCAAGUAAUCAGAAUCAUCAGAAUAAUAAUAAUGACAAUAAUAUAACUAAUAAUAAUGAUCAUUUAAUACAAAUAACAGAAAAAACCAAUCAAGAUUUAAUACAAGUCAAACUGGAUAAUUCAUCAAUUCAUUAUUCAUUAACUACUAGUAAUGAUAAUAAUUCAAUGAUUAAUAUAACAACUGAUUCAAGUAUCUCAUCCGAUCCUAUUUAUUAUUCAGCUUCAUCACCGCCUACUUUACAUGUUCAUAUUAAUAAUCGAUUAAGUUCUCCUACUAAUCACUUAAACACACUAUCAUCAGUCUCUUCUUCUUCUUCUUCUUCUUCCUCCUCCUCCUCUUCAUCGUCGUCUUCAUCAGAUGAAGAAUAUCAUAAAUAUGACAAAAUGAAUGAUACUAACAAGACAGCAGUAUUGAAAGAGAAACAAAUUACAGGUACAACGCAAUCACCAUCAGACGAUAAUGAUUCCAUGUUAAUUAUUGCUGAUGAAACUAGCAAGAAUACUGAAAGUAAUGAUGUCGAUAAUAAUGAUAAUAGUAAUAAUAAUAAUAAUAAUAAUACUACUUCAAACUGCUCUUUAUCAGAGACAGCAACAUAAAUUAUGCUAAAGUGUUUACUACUGACAUAAGUGCUAGUAGUAGUAGUAGUAGUAGUGGUAGUGGGUACAGUAGUAAUAAUGUAAAAAAUAAAUCGCUCAUGUUAGAGAUCAGUUGAAAUAUGGCCCUGACAAAUUAAAAAUCUCUUGAGAGAAUGCACUAAAUAGUCAGAAGUAACCGAUUUAACAUUGAUGACAAUGAAUGCAUAUAUUUUGCUUCGUUUGCAUGCGGCUUAAUUUUUUUUUUACGAAAUUUCACCCGUAAUCCCUCUUCAUCUGCUGUUUACAGUGUUAGAAUUCGUCACACUAAUCGGUUUAUUUAUUAUUUUAAAAAAAAAAACAACCUCGCCUUAUGUAUUUACAUUAUUACUGUUUUUGUCUGUCCUGAAUACUGGUAAUCCUGUGCCUUUUUUUGCUUUUCAAGACCAAUGCUUAUUUUUUUUCAUUGUAAUGAAAUUUUAUUGUUUUUGACAAAGAAUAUGAGUGCUAAAAUUACCGUUGAACAAAAAGACCUCGGGUGUGUGCGCUUUUGUCAGUGAUAUCUGUUAUUAAUUUGUGUAAUUAUCACUUGUUUAGUUAUUGUCGUUUAAAAAUUUUGCUUGUGUAUUAUACUAUUCAAACUUAUUUGUAAGUUGACAAAUAAUUCAUCCUAUUUUGCUUACCUACCUACCUACCUACCCUCUUACCUAUUUACUUAUGGACUUAUCUUUCUAUACAUUUAUAUUUACGCGUAUUUACCAAAAUUUCCAACCUAAAAUUGC